UGCUUGUGCGUAGUAUGGCGCGCGUCGGUACGGCUCCAAAUUCGUAAAAAGUAUGUGACGUUUGACCGCACUUAACUAAGCAAGAUCAGUGAGGGCAAAAGCGUGCAGGAAGGUUAAUUCGCUUUGAAUUAAAGCGAAUCUCCCUUUGCCCCGGUGGAUCUUCAAUCGAGAGAAAGAUAGUGGUAUAUAACCAUUCUCCCAACUGACACCUAACCUCAACCUCGUAAAUUCGUCUAUUAACUGACUAUAUCAGAGGAGUGUAUAUGAAUAUUAUUUGAAAGUAACGAAGUUAUUAAUUGCUUUUUUGAUGAACGUAAACAACCUACGGAAGUAAACAAACAGCAUAUGAUGAAGUCCUGUACGAUUCCAGUCCACGAAUACCGGUUUACAAUGGUGUAGUGGGACGGAGAAAGGUUAUCGGGAAUGGAAGAAGACAGAUGUAAGAGCAAUAGAAUGAAAGAGUAUGAUAAUAUAUGAGGAGGGGCGAGAGUUACCGUAUUAUAAUUAUAGAGCGAGCGGUGAAAGGGACUUCUAUCGGUCGUUCAAAGUGGUGGGGCAUGAUUGUGAUGAGUCGGGGUGCCUUCGUAUCGCUUGUAAACUCGUACACCUCGUAGUACGUGUAGUACGAAAAGAAGCUUCGUGCCGUGACGUCAGCACAGUAUUUCGGUACGACUGCGUGAAACAUCGUUACGAAAUCGUGAUCGUGAUCAAUUUAUUUCGUUCCGGCGGAAGUGAACGUGUUUGAGAGCGGUGCGAAUGUGCUUGUAAUUGAAUAAGAUCAGUGUCGUGCGUAGUCGCAGGAUUCGUUUGGUCAUCGCAAGUGUAGCGCGUGCAGCAGGUAGCCGGAACGUCGACCGACAGCCAUCAUUGUUGUCAAGAUGGCGUCGAAAGGAAAGCUAGCAACUGAGCAUGGCCGCUCAGACUCGUACAGGGUCGCAACGUUACCGAAAAUUCGCGACGACAACAAAACGGCCGACGGGAUGUACAAGUCGCGGCGGAAGAAUCCAAAGCGGAGGGGGGACAAUCUAGAGGACCUGAAGCAAGAGUUGGACAUUGACUUCCACAAAAUUACACCCGAGGAACUGUAUCAGAGAUUUCAGACGCACCCCGAAAACGGCCUCAGCCAUGCGAAGGCAAAAGAGAAUCUGGAGAGGGACGGUCCAAACGCGCUGACGCCGCCAAAACAGACACCAGAAUGGGUGAAAUUCUGUAAAAAUCUGUUCGGCGGCUUCGCGUUGCUACUGUGGAUCGGCGCAAUCCUCUGCUUCAUCGCGUACUCGAUCCAGGCGUCGACCAGCGAGGAUCCUAACGACGACAAUCUGUACCUGGGCAUCGUGUUGGCAGCGGUAGUGAUAGUGACAGGCAUAUUCUCGUAUUACCAGGAAAGCAAGUCUAGCAAAAUCAUGGAAUCGUUCAAGAACAUGGUACCUCAGAUCGCGAUCGUGAUCAGGGAAGGCGAGAAGCUUACGUUGAAGGCGGAACAAUUGGUGCUUGGCGACGUGGUCGAGGUGAAAUUCGGCGAUCGUAUACCGGCCGACAUCAGGAUCAUCGAGUCACGGGGAUUCAAAGUUGACAACAGCUCGCUGACAGGAGAAUCCGAGCCACAGUCGAGGUCUCCGGAGUUUACGAACGAGAAUCCGUUAGAAACGAAAAAUCUUGCCUUUUUCUCGACGAACGCCGUUGAGGGUACAGCGAAGGGUGUGGUGAUUUGCUGCGGCGAUCAGACUGUCAUGGGAAGGAUCGCUGGUUUGGCAUCUGGUCUUGACACCGGUGAGACCCCGAUCGCUAAGGAGAUUCACCACUUCAUCCAUCUGAUCACAGGCGUGGCCGUGUUUCUCGGUGUGACCUUCUUCGUUAUCGCUUUCAUCCUUGGCUACCAUUGGCUGGACGCUGUCAUCUUCCUCAUCGGUAUCAUCGUGGCUAACGUGCCGGAAGGUUUACUGGCGACCGUAACCGUGUGCCUGACGUUGACAGCCAAGCGAAUGGCAUCGAAGAAUUGUCUGGUUAAGAAUCUCGAGGCUGUCGAGACAUUGGGCUCCACGUCGACCAUCUGCUCGGACAAGACCGGUACGCUGACUCAGAAUCGUAUGACCGUUGCUCACAUGUGGUUCGACAAUCAGAUCAUCGAGGCUGACACGACGGAGGAUCAGUCCGGACUGCAAUACGACCGAACGAGCCCUGGAUUCAAGGCAUUAGCCAAAAUCGCUACCCUCUGCAACCGAGCCGAGUUCAAAGCUGGCCAGGAAGACAAACCGAUUCUGAAGAAGGAAGUGAACGGUGACGCGUCAGAGGCUGCCCUGUUGAAAUGCAUGGAACUGGCUCUUGGGGACGUAAUGGGCAUCAGGAAACGUAACAAGAAAGUCUGCGAGAUUCCGUUCAACUCGACCAACAAGUAUCAGGUAUCUAUCCACGAAUCGGACAACCCGGAUGACCCCAGACACCUGCUGGUGAUGAAGGGCGCCCCGGAAAGGAUCCUGGAUCGUUGCUCCACUAUCUUCAUCGGUGGAAAGGAAAAGAUGCUGGACGAGGAGAUGAAGGAGGCUUUCAACAAUGCUUACCUCGAGCUCGGUGGCCUGGGUGAACGUGUGCUCGGUUUCUGCGACUACAUACUGCCGUCCGACAAAUUCCCGAUCGGCUUCAAGUUCAACUGCGACGACCCUAACUUCCCUGUAGAUGGACUCCGCUUUGUGGGCCUGAUGUCUAUGAUCGACCCGCCCAGGGCUGCGGUGCCUGACGCAGUCGCCAAGUGCCGUUCCGCCGGCAUCAAGGUCAUCAUGGUAACCGGUGACCAUCCGAUCACUGCCAAAGCCAUUGCCAAAUCUGUCGGCAUCAUCUCUGAAGGUAACGAGACCGUGGAGGACAUCGCUCAGCGCUUGAAUAUCCCGGUAUCCGAAGUGAAUCCUCGCGAGGCCAAGGCCGCCGUCAUCCACGGAACCGAACUCAGGGAACUGAACUCCGACCAACUGGACGAGAUCCUCAGGUACCACACCGAAAUUGUGUUCGCCCGUACCUCGCCUCAGCAGAAGCUCAUCAUCGUCGAAGGCUGCCAACGAAUGGGUGCUAUCGUCGCUGUAACUGGUGAUGGUGUGAACGACUCGCCCGCAUUGAAGAAGGCUGACAUCGGUGUAGCCAUGGGUCUCGCUGGUUCCGACGUAUCGAAACAGGCCGCUGACAUGAUUCUGCUCGACGACAACUUCGCCUCGAUCGUGACCGGCGUCGAAGAGGGUCGACUGAUCUUCGACAACCUGAAGAAGUCCAUCGCGUACACCCUGACCUCGAACAUCCCCGAGAUCUCACCUUUCCUGGCGUUCAUCCUUUGCGACAUCCCUCUGCCUCUUGGUACCGUCACUAUUCUCUGCAUCGACUUGGGAACGGACAUGGUACCAGCCAUCUCACUUGCCUACGAGGAGGCAGAGAGCGAUAUUAUGAAGCGACAUCCACGAAACCCCUUCACUGACAAGCUAGUUAACGAAAGUGGUGGAUGGCAGGUGCCGGCCAUCUCGCUAGCUUACGAGGCACCGGAGUCGGACAUUAUGAAACGGCAGCCCCGCGAUCCUUACAGAGACAAUCUUGUCAACCGAAGGCUUAUUUCGAUGGCGUAUGGUCAGAUCGGUAUGAUCCAGGCAGCCGCCGGUUUCUUCGUCUACUUCGUGAUUAUGGCUGAGAACGGAUUCCUGCCCCUGCAUCUUUUCGGCAUCCGAAAACAGUGGGACUCCAAGGCUAUCAAUGAUCUUCGUGACAGCUAUGGCCAGGAAUGGACAUACAGGGAUCGUAAGACACUGGAAUUCACCUGCCACACAGCCUUCUUCGUCUCGAUCGUUAUCGUCCAGUGGGCUGACCUGAUCGUUUGUAAGACGCGACGUAAUUCCAUCAUCCACCAAGGAAUGAGAAACUGGGCCCUGAACUUUGGUUUAGUGUUCGAGACCGCCCUCGCCGCGUUCCUAAGCUACACACCCGGCAUGGACAAGGGUCUCCGCAUGUUCCCUCUCAAAUUCGUCUGGUGGCUGCCCGCCCUUCCCUUCAUGCUCGCCAUCUUCAUCUACGACGAAACGAGACGAUUCUACCUCCGCCGGAAUCCAGGAGGCUGGCUCGAGCAAGAAACUUACUAUUAGACGCGAAGGAAAAUUUAAUCAUACACGCAGAGCGCGCGCGCAAGAGUUACAAGAGCGAGAGAUGCAGAGAGAAUGAUGAGAGAAAGAGAGAGUGAGACAUGCAUAUUACCCACGCAGAU